AUGGGAAGAGGGAAGGUAGAGCUGAAGAGGAUUGAGAACAAGAUUAAUAGGCAGGUGACAUUUGCAAAGAGAAGAAAUGGGUUGUUGAAGAAGGCUUAUGAACUUUCUGUGCUCUGUGAUGCUGAGGUUGCUCUCAUCAUCUUCUCCGCCCGUGGCAAGCUCUAUGACUUCUGCAGCAACUCUAGUAUUGCCGCGACAUUGGAGAGGUAUCAAAGAUGCAGUUAUGGUGCACUCGAAGCAAGCCAACCAGCCAAGGAUUCGCAGAACAACUACCAGGAGUACUUGAAGCUGAAAGCAAGAGUUGGGGCCCUACAACAAUCUCAAAGGCAUUUUCUAGGGGAAGAUUUGGGGAAAUUGGGCACAAAGGAGCUUGAGCAUCUUGAGCGUCAACUCGACUCAUCUUUGAAGCAAAUUAGAUCCACGAGGACCCAAUGCAUGCUUGAUCAAUUUGCUGAUCUCCAACAGAAGGAGCAAACACUAUUGGAAGUCAACAAAGCCCUGAGGAGCAAGUUAGAAGAAAGUACUGUACCCCUUCAACCAUCAUGGGAACACAGGGAGAGCAAUAUGCAGUACAUACACCAGCCUUCUAGGCCCGACGGAUUUUUUGAACCUUUGGAAUGCAAUCAUACAUUGCAGAUUGGAUAUAAUCCCUUGGCGUUGGCUCAGCUGAAUGUUGCAACAUCGACACAAAAUGAAAAUGGAAUUAUCCCAGGAUGGAUGCUUUGA